CGGUACUAAAGUCGUUUGCUCCUAGGUUCUUGUUUGUAAUCUAGUUUUGGUCCGCUUCCAUUCUCUUCACUUCCUCCCCGGUUGGCUGCUUUCCAACAAGCGGGGCUCAUUCAUGAUGAAAACUUGGACACUAUGAGGUCCUCGUUCCACGUCCUUACGUUCUUCCUGCUCGGCCUGGUAGCCGGCUUGUCGAUCCCUAAGCGUCAAGAACGGGCACAGUACACGGUCGUGAACUUCUCCGGCCAUGGGGCCUGCCACCCCGUUUUAACAUCUUGUCGUGUCGACGGCGACUGCUGCUCUGGCUUGCAAUGCGGCAGGUUCGACGACGAGGUGCUGUGCGUCCCGGCGGGGUGAAUAUCUCAAGUAUGACUUAUUAUUCAGGUCAUUAUCGGAAUCAUGGAAUGACUGGAACUUAAGGGCAGCGGUGCGAUUUCACCUCGGCUGGGCCGGGUGUAUCAGCUCCCAGCACCCGCUCAGAAACUGUUGGACAGUUGAAGAGGCAGGCCUCGAUCUUAGUCGUUACUAGGCAGGAUAGGAUGGCCGAACCAGCAUUCAAGCAAGACGGGAGACAUGUCGAAUUCGUAAC